AUGGAGAUGACAGAAACUGGAGAUGGUUUGUGUUUUCAGAACAAUUAUUGGGCAAAAUUUGUGGAAGAUAACUCUAUCACAAAUGGAGAUUGCUUGGUUUUCCCCUAUGGUGGUUAUGGACGGUUUGACUUUGCCUUAUUUGACCAAUUUGGAUGUGAAAAGAUAGUAGUGAGAGAUGCACAACCUCAAGAUAAUAAAGAGGUGAAAGAAGAAAAAGAUGAUGAUGUUGUUGUUAAUGAUAAUGACGACAACGAUAAUGAUGGUGAUGACAAUGGUGAUAACGGUGAUGAUAGCAAUUUUAUUAAUGAAAAGGAUAAGACUGAAGUAGAGAAUUAUGGUUGCAAUGGUGAUGAAGAGGACAAUAAUGUUGUUAUCGAGGAGGAUAAGAAUGAAGUAGAGGAAGAUGAUGAAGAAGAAAUUCCCUUCUCUUUUAAGGAAUCUGUGGGAGUCGUUGUUCCAAAAAAAGUAAAGUUUAGGAAUUGUUUAAAGAAAGUUUGGAGCAUGGAGAUGACAGAAACUGGAGAUGGUUUGUUUUUUCAGAACAAUUGGGCAAAAUUUAUGGAAGAUAACUCUAUCACAAAUGGAGAUUGCUUGCUUUUCUCCUACGGUGGUUAUGCCCUGUUCGAUGAUGAUCACGACAACGUUAAUGAUUAUGGUGACAGUGGUGAUGAAGGUGAUGAUAGUAAUUUUGUUAAUGAGGAUGAUAAGACUGAAUAUAUACCAAUGGAUGUUAUUAAGGACUACAAUAUUGCAUUGCCUCCAACUUUAAUCCUGCGAGACACAAUAGGCCAAGAAUGGAAAUCAAAGGUUAAGAAUUGGAGGGAUGGGAGGACAUGGCUGAGCAGUGAAGGAUGGCAAAGUCUAUGCCGAGUGAACCUUGUUGACAAAGAUGACAUUUGCAUUUGUGAAUUCGUGCAUCAAAAUACAAAUGACAUGUUUUUACAAAUCACUAUUGUUGGAGGACAAACUACAAAGUCAACAUAA